AUGAGCUCCAAGCACUCAGCCGACUGGAUCCCCUACAGCACGUUAGACGAUGAGGGCUCUAACCUCCGACAGCAGAAACUGGACAGACAGAGAGCGCUGCUGGAGCAGAAGCAGAAGAAGAAGAGACAGGAGCCCCUCAUGGUGCAGUCCACGGUGGACGGGAGGUCCCGCACACGCCGCACCAGACAGAGCGAGGAGCAGGCGCCUCUGGUGGAGUCCUACCUGAGCAACAGCACCAUGUACCACGUGGCAGAAGCAGAGGAGGUGAAGGUGACCGCAGACAUGCAGCCUCCACGAUCGGCCAAAAAAGGAAAAGCAUCUGCCAGCUCCACACCACAGACGGGCAGCGAGAAGAGAGAGAGACGCAGCAAGCACAAAGCUGGGAUCGAUGGCUUGUCUUCGCAGCAGGAAGACGGACACAUCCAGAUCCUCACCGUGGGACGUCUCUCCACCGACGAGGCAGAAGCGGAGCCUGUGGUCACCUGCACUCACUCCCAGAGCAAGCAGGACCUCCGGGUGACCAUGCUCAAGAAAGGUAUUUCCAGCAGUAUGAAUUUUGAUGAGGAAGAAGAUGACGAUGAGGAAAUUAGCUCCAGCUCAUCGCAGCUCAACAGCAACACGAGACCAGGCUCCGCAACCAGCAAGAAGUCCAACAAGGAAGUGGCCUCUGCAACGGUUCCUGUGGUGAACGAGCCGUCCAUCGAUGUGGACGACCUGGAGGAGUUUUCCCUGCGGCCGGCUCCUCAGGGCGUCAGGGUGAAGUGCCGUAUCACCCGAGAUAAGAAGGGAAUGGACCGCGGAAUGUACCCCACAUACUACCUGCACCUGGAGCGGGAGGACGGCAAGAGGGUGUUUUUGUUAGCAGGGCGCAAGAGGAAAAAAAGUAAAACAUCUAAUUAUCUCAUUUCCAUUGAUCCCACCGAUCUGUCCAGAGGUGGAGAGAGCUUCAUUGGCAAAUUGAGAUCCAACCUCAUGGGGACCAAGUUCACAGUUUACGACAGCGGCCUGAACCCCAUGAAGAGCACCACCAGCCUGGAAGCCAGCAACCUGCGACAAGAGCUGGCCGCUAUUUGUUAUGAAACCAAUGUUUUAGGCUUCAAGGGCCCUCGCAAAAUGAGUGUCAUCAUUCCUGGUAUGAAUAUGGACCACGAGCGAGUGUCCAUACGUCCACGAAACGACCACGAGUCACUGCUGGCCCGGUGGCAGAACAAAAGCACCGAGAGUGUGAUUGAGCUCCACAAUAAAACUCCAGUGUGGAACGACGACACGCAGUCAUACGUGCUCAACUUCCACGGCCGUGUCACCCAGGCUUCCGUCAAGAACUUUCAGAUCAUCCACGAUAACGACCCCGACUACAUCGUGAUGCAGUUCGGGCGCGUGGCAGAGGACGUCUUCACAAUGGACUAUAACUACCCCAUGUGCGCGCUGCAAGCAUUCGCCAUCGCCCUGUCCAGCUUCGACAGUAAGCUGGCCUGUGAGUAG